AUGUUUGGAUACAAGAUCAGGAGAGGACACAAGAAUGAGAUCGAGAAGAGAAGGAACGCGACCGGGAAAAUGAUGCGUAGGAAGGAGUGGAAGAAUGGUCAAAUUACAAGCAUCAUAAAAUGGAAAAAAACAUUUAAAAAACAAAUAGUUAAGUCAGCAGCAGUUGUUAAAAGAAAAGUGGGAAUGAUUAACGAUACAAAAAACGUAAAUAAUAUGGCACUGGAGAAAAUUUUCAAACCUAUUGUUGAUCCCCUUAAUUUGAUAGCCAAUAAAAAUAAUGAAAAGUGGGUUGAGAAUGAAAAUAAUUACAUCACCUCUGUUGGGAAAAAAUGUAAAAAUGAAAGUACAUCGUCUUAUUCAUCCAAUGAAGAAUCGAAUGACACUGUUUCUGAAAGCGACUUUCCUAAUAAUUACAACAAAACUUUAAUUUCCACACCUUCUGAAGAUCAUAAUGUCAGUGAAGGUUCGUUCAAAUCUAUUGCGUCUUCUCCAGAUAAUCGUCAAACUUUGUCGUGGUCUACAUCAUCAGAAGUAAUGGAUGCUAUACCUUUUGGAGUUAGGCAUGAGCGGGGAAAACUAAUGCUUGGCAAUAUUCGUGUUUUCGAUAAUGAUAACAUUCUGAAAAUAGGAACUCGAAUUUUAAAGAAGACAGAUGGUUUAAGAGAGUUACUAUUUAAAAGGAAACCUGAUCUAGAAAAAGUCAGAGAGGAGGACUUGCAAAAUUAUAAAUUGUUACUAAUUGAUACUAAUGCACAUCGACGUAAUUAUAAGUCAUCUAAACCUAUAAACAGUAACAAAGGUUUUAAAUACAUUAAUGUCAUUAAGCCUUUAUUUAAAUUUUCAAAAAAUAUGACUUCAAGUGUAGAAAGUCUCCCUCAAGGAAAAGGUAUUCCACUUCUGAAAAAAGUAAAAAAAUAUACUGAUUAUGUUUAUUGGGAUGAUCCCAACGAACUGGUAGAACGAUUAAAAUUGUUGUUAGGAUCACGAGCGGCUGGCAAUAGUGGUGUAGAUAAUGAAAUUAUUGCAGUCAUAGAAGAAUUACGAGAAGCUGGAAUUAUAAAUAUAGAACAUAAACAGCUAUCGCCACAGAAAAUGACCAGUAUAAUUCGAGAUCUCUAA